AUGGACUCUACCCACUUCGACCUCUUGUUGUUCCAACGUCAGCAACUACAGUGCAAUGUUUUAGAUCCUUUGCAGAGAAUUAAGGGAGCGAUAGGGAGAAGUAUGCAGCCUCGAGAAGUCGACGCCGUUAAAGCACUUUUGAAUCGCGAAGUGCGCAACUUUGUAUUAGCUGAGGUUUACGACGGGCAGCAUUUAAUGGAGGUUUUUGACCUCUGCUACGGUCAAGACAACCUCAARYUUAUAGAACGGCUUCUUGAAGAAGCUGACCUCCAAAACAUUUCUCAAAUGGUGCGAAAUUGGAUGUCGAGAAACAGACGUUUGGUGCCGAAUGUUUUUUAUCAAUACGGUUUCUUUCCACUCUGGRUCAGAAURAGUCAAACUUUYAUCAACUUCUUAAAACURCGGCUUGAAGUUUUCAAUACUUUAAAAAKCGUGUUUGGCAUUCCAGAGACYGAUCCAGCAAUGGAACCUUUCAUUUUCAUGGGACUGUCCUUCGGAGAUAAGGACACUUUACUGUGUGUGCUCGUGCCACAAUCAUUACGUCAUUCUAUCAAGACAUCGCUUCAGUCCAGUGAGGUGRCWGCUCAACUCAGACGUAUUCAUAUCAAUGGAAUUUAUUUUUCAAGGGUCMGUAAAAAGUCAAAGAAGGAACAAGUUUCAGGAUCCCAAWUGAGCAUAUCAUCAGCAUGUGAAUCGAUGACGAGUAAUGAUUUAUACGAUUCAAUAUAUGAAGAUGUACAAUGUUCAGAGAGCCUAUCAUCGCUGCAAGAACUAAAUCCCAACCAACAGAAUCUCAAACACAAGCCUGAUUGGACGACGAUGAACGGCAUUUACAAUGAKCAUGAUUUUGAUCGCCCUGGAAACAGACUUGAGAUUGACAGCAAGCCACAGUUGGUUCGGAUAAGUAGUGAUUACGUCRUUGAUACCUCUAUCAGUUUGAAGACAUCAACUUUCAAAGAAAAUGAAGGCGUUGAGGASUGGAGUCAGAAGCCACAAUUGGUGCAGAUUAGUAGCGCUUAUGUCGGACAAAACCCCAGCAAUMKUAUUKCUGGAGUAGGUGUAAAACCACCGUAUGGCAAGUGUUUUUUUGUUGAAUACCGGAUAAAUGCGCAAACAUGUCCAAAAUCAAUUCACUCAACCGCACAUGUCAAAGCUAACUCGUUUCAAGUUCCUGCCCACUACAAUGAUCAUGCAAACCCUCUUGACGUAACGAAAGAUUCACAGUUUUUGCAGAGUUCAGAGAUCACUGAAAUCUCCCUGGAUGAAUCUCUAAUUCUCGAAAGUAGAAAAUCGACAAAGGAAUAUGGUGUACACCGACCAAGGAACAAGUUAUCUUGGGAGGAUGAACCACAUCGAGAAAACCUCUCUAGCGAUAAUAAAUGUCAAGCUUUUCAAAAAGAACAUAAAACACAUGGACUGAGCAGAGAAUAUUACCAUGGAAACGAUCAGAAUAUAUAUUUGCAUGGCGAUAAUGAAGUACCAGGUGAUAUCUCUGUCUCUUUUCAUGAUUAUUCCAAGAAAACAGGUCGUUACUUCCAAAAGGAGAACAAUCGCUAUGGUAAUGAGGAUCGCUUCUGUGCCAAUUCACAAGAACUUCAAUAUUAUCUAAACUCCAAUCUUGACUACCAUGGUAACCAGCAUGAUAAGUAUGAUAAUGCCAAUCGAGAUAACCAUGACGAAAGUUUCUAUAGAGGCAAAUCUUCCARUUGUAGAAAUAUAUCCAGUGAUCACCAAAACGAUGAUAAAAGGUGGAACGAAGCAACCAAGAAUGAUCUAAACACUUAUGAUUACUAUGGCAACGAUAAAAUCGAUUCUGGCAACCAAAGGAUCUAUGACGGUAACAGGCAUUGUCGCCUUCAUGAUUAUCAUUUCGAUAGUAAGCCAUAUUACCAAAGGUACUUGUCUGAUCAACGCAAUGGAUWCCACGAUGACAAUGACAAACAGCACCAAGGCAACGAUCCUUAUGGUAACGGUUGUGAUGGUUACCAAGAUAACAAGGUUUAUAAUCAGAGAAAUGAAUUAAUGUUACCAGAACCAGAGCCAGAACGCACUCAUCGCCCUGUAGAGCAUCAGCCAAGCUUAAGUUCUUUCACCAAUGGAUUUGAGCCAAUUUGCCACUCGACCCCCAAUAGUUCGGUCAGCGGUUUUUCAACACACAAACUGUCUUUCAAAUUCAGGRAUGGCAAUAUAAGCAGCUCAAUGCCCACRUUAUACCACAGGGAAUCCGAACAAAGAAGCAYUGAUGGACGAAAACUACUGAGGCAGUUCUCGCCUAAAUAYGAGAGUCAAGCUGACUUGGAAGACCAUGUUUUUAUGAAUACACAUGAGAAUACUACAAAGUUACUGCCGUCUGAUUACUAUUGUGYACCGCCGAACUACCAAGAGGCCAUUAUUAAGAAGUCUUUUUUUUCACUAAGCUCUCUUGAUGUUGAUAUGAGGUGCAAGAAGGUGAAAAGUCCGCUGCUCUCGACGCAGAGUUUGAGCUCGAUUUAUAGAGAGAAAGAGCAAUUACUAAGUAAAGAAGAGCUUCAAGAAAGUAUUCGAUCUGCUGAAAUUAAAGAAUGGGAAAAACUACUCGAUAAAGCAAAARACUUUAUCAAAGCUGCGAAACUUGGUGACGAGGAAGAGGUGCAGUACCUGCUGAAUGAAGGAGUAGAUGCUGAUUACAUGAAUGAGUUCGGUCAAACAGCGCUAAUGAUAGCCUGCAGAGAGGGUCAUCUUCAAGUCGUUAAUGUGUUAAUAACCUACAGUGCUGACUUGAAUAUACAAGACAGAUUUGGUAAAUCAGCUCUGCAUGAGGCAGCAUGGAGUGGCAAGCAUCAGGUUAUUGCCCCCCUCGUGUCGAAAGAUGCUGAUAUAAAUGCUAUUGAUGAGGAGGGACGCACUCCCCUUCAGUUCGCAGCUAUACGAGGGCAAACAAAAGUAGCCGAGGUUUUAUUGCUCUUGGGAGCUGACCCUUCUAUCUUAAACAAGCAUGGUGAAGCAGCCGUGGAAUUGGCCUACAAACGGCGUCAUAAGGACAUCAUUAACCUUUUAUUGAAUUCUACGAACAAGGAAGUAAGAAAAAACACGCGAAGUCAAAUAAGAAAACUUAAAAUUCGACAUUUGAAGUCGGCGACAUCUUUAUCAAAGAAACGAAACUUGUGAAAUCAUCACUAGGAAGAAGACAGCUCUCAUCCGCGUUGUUCUUUGAUGUUGUAUUCCUGCAGUUGAAUUCCAGCCGCAAAAAUGAACAAUAGUUCAGGUUAAUGAAAAAAUUACACUUUCAGGAAAACAUCCCAAAUAUAUAUAUAAAAUAGUCAAAACUACGAAGCAAAAAUCACCAAACUUUCACAUUGUGCAAACAUUUAGUUAAAAGUUUUGAACAUGCAGAAUUACUUAAGUGAAAACUAGGCAGAUUAAGUGAGUAAUAUGCAAUAAUMUCGAACUUUUGUCAAAUUCAGUCUUUAAAUCAGCAAAACAAAAUAUAUGAAUUAUAGUUUAGUUUAGUAAGUUUUUAACCGCAAUUCUAUUCUCAAGUUAUAGGAAAGUCAAGUCUGUGGGUAACAGUAAAAAAAAACAGAAUUAAAGAAAAUMAUAAGUUUUUGAAAGGGAGAAAUAUAGAUAUUAAAUAUUAUAAAUGUUGUUCAUAAAGGACAUUGGCUAWUCAAAGGAUGUCCUGCUUCAGUUGCGGAUUUAGUGUAUAUUGGUUUUUUUAUUUUGUACUAUGUCACGGAUCGUUCAUUUUAACACGUGCACACAAAACUGUUCAAAAUAUAAAGUGAAUAUCAUUGCAGCCUCUCUGCUCUAUGAUUGACCAACGUAUGCCAACGUUUUCGUAAUUUCGUCCAUAACCAAAGACUUACAAGCCAGCCUUGCAUUUUCCCACAGGGCCACGUGACAGGGCACAUUGCAGGUGGGGCACCAGUUUUAUAAUUAGGUAGUUUCGUCCAUCGUGAGUUAACUUCAAAUAUAAMAAAAUGUGCUUAAUUUAAACGACUUCUUACCUUGCAACACCUAUGAUUGACUGUUGCAUAGUAAUAAAACAAACAGCGCAUGUUACCUUACACAAGCCACUUGGCAUUCUCCUUGUAAUCAUAAGAAAUUGCUUUACAGAACCACAAUUACGAAAACCAUAGCACCUUAUCACUAAAUUUUAGGCCCACAUCUAUGAAUCACUUUAUCGGUGUUCGCCAAUUUCUGUUGUCUUAAUAGAUAUACCAAGAAAAUUCAGACAAAAACUUUCGGAUUAUAUACUUGUGACAAAAAGAAAACGCCAAAAGAAAAAAAAAAACAAAACAAAACAAAACAAAACAAAACAAAACAAAACAAUGAAGAAUAAUAGUUUAAUUCGAGAAUCGAUGAAGACCGCUCAGUACUGAGGCAGCUCAAGAACGGUCAUAUUAAUGAUUAACUAUUCGGGUAGACUCCACACUUUCUUGAGAAAUGUUUCAGCCGACAAAUUUAGAAAGUGCUGCAAGCACUCACAGACUUAGGAUUAGUUUCUUCCUAUUGAAGCUUUUAUCGAUAGCUUUGAUCUUCCAAAUGACAUUUUAUUCUUUAUUGUAAAAUUGCAUUGACGUCCUGCAAAGCAAUUAAGGUGUUUGCAAGGCUUUUAAGGUUCUCCAAUUCGUCAAUAAAGCACCUAUUUCAACCACUCACUGAAAAACCUAUUAGCGCCACGAAUGGUUAACGAUUGAUGGACCGCUGUACAGUUUCAUACAACUUUUCUAUCAAUUUUCCAAUCAACUCAUUCGAGUAAGUGCGUUUUAUCGCUAAUUGAAACACGGUAAAAGUUU